AUGGAGAACUUCUCCCUCCCUGAAACCAAUUCCUCAUGUGCAGACUGCACUGGAAGAGGAUAUGGGAGUCUGAAUAUGUCCACUACUCCAGUAAGCCCCAGGUACUACAUCACAGUGCCUGUCAUCUACUCCGUCAUCUGUACCGUGGGACUGACAGGCAACACAGCUGUCAUCUAUGUCAUCCUCAAAGCACCAAAGAUGAAAACAGUAACCAACAUCUUCAUCCUCAACCUGGCCAUUGCUGAUGAGCUCUUUACCUUGGUGCUGCCCAUAAACAUUGCUGACUACCUGCUCCUGCAGUGGCCCUUUGGAGAGCUCAUGUGCAAGCUCAUCAUCUCCAUAGACCAGUACAACAUCUUCUCCAGCAUCUACUUCCUCACUGUCAUGAGCAUUGACCGCUACCUCGUUGUGGUGGCCACCACCAAGUCCAGGAAGGUGUCCUACCGCACCUACCGAGCAGCCAAGAUUGUCAGCCUCUGUGUCUGGUCCUUUGUCACCGUCAUCAUCCUGCCCUUCGCCGUCUUUGCCAAGAUACACGAGGAGCAGGGGCGCUCCCACUGCGUCUUCGUGUUCCCCCACCCCGAGAGCGUGUGGUGGAAAGGCAGUCGGAUCUACACCCUUAUUUUAGGCUUUGUCAUCCCAGUGUCCACCAUCUGCACCCUCUACACCACCAUGCUGUGCAGACUGAGACACGUGCAUCUCCACUGCAAUGCAAAAGCUCUGGACAAAGCCAAAAAGAAGGUGACGCUGAUGGUGGUUGCUAUCCUGGGUGUGUGCCUGCUCUGCUGGACACCCUUUCACCUUAGCACAGUGGUGGCCCUCAUCAUGGACAUCCCACAAACUCCCCUGGUCAUUGGGAUUUCCUAUUUCAUCACCAGCCUAAGCUAUGCCAACAGCUGCUUCAACCCUUUCCUGUACGCCUUUCUGGAUGAAAGCUUCCGGAGGAGCUUUCGCAGACUCAUCAAUCGCAGAGCCACCUCAUAAAGCCAGCCCAGCCCUCUCUCCUAUUCUGUCCUGUGUCCUGUCACAGUCACCUGCUCUUCCUGGGUGAUUCCAGCCCAGAGAGUGCUUUCUCUCCAGUCUCCUCGUGAUGGCUCACCAGGCUUCAGGUUGUUGUGCUACGCAAGACAUGAACUGGGGCCAAGUGGAUCUUUCUCACAUCCUGCACUCAUUUCCUUAGCACUGCCCUGGCUUUUUGUUAGU